AUAAAAGAUCUCAUCUGAGGUGCAAUUCCGUCAGAUACCACACCUCAGUACUGAUUUGGUGGUCGCACGUUCUCAAGAUAAUCCCGAAGCCACAGAAACACGAUUAAGAUGAAACCAUUUAUUGUACUCGGUGUCUGCGUCCUGCUUUUAGCAAGCGUAAUAUCCGAGAAAGUCGAAGGUGGCAAAUCGUCCGAGGGGAAAAAGUUUUCAUCUACGUCGACGAAAGGGAAGCGAGGAGUGUCGGAUGGAGGUUACAUCGGAGGUUCGUCCCUCGGAGGAUCAUCCGGCUACUCAUCCUCGCCCAUCCAGAGCUUCGGAGGCUACGCGGCUCCCUCGCUAAGCUCGGGAUACUCCCUCGGCGGAUCGUCCGGUGCCCUUUCCCUGGGUCACGGAAGCUUCCAGGGACUCGGAGGCCUAGGAGGCUUCGGAGGCGGCUACAACCUCGGCGGGCUCAGUCUCGGAGGCGGCGGUGGCGGCUACUCGUUCCCAUCGGCGAGCCAAGGCCUCGGAGCUCACGGGCUGUCCUACUCGCUGCCCGGUGCGUCCUCCUUGAGCCUCGGAGGAGGCGGAUUCGGAGGCGGCUACGGCGGCGCGCUCAUCGCCUCCACCGGCAAGCAAGGACCCGUCACCUUCGGUCUCCACAGCGGAAGCUACACGCCUCCGGUCUACGCCACCGGCAUCCAGGGCCUCUCGGCCUACGGCAACGGCGCGAGCUCCUCGUACAGCCUCCCGAUUUCCUCCGGAGCUUCCCUGCACGGCCUCUCAUCUUCCGGCGCCUCGAGCUUCGGCCUUCCCGCCUCUUCCGGCGGAAGCUACAACCUCCCCUUGAGCUCGGCCUCCCUCGGCUCGUCCUACAGCUUCCCCUCAUCCUCCUCCGGGCACGGAAUUUCUCUCGGCUCACUUUCCUCCGGGAUCCAGAGCUCUUCGUACAGCCUCCCGUCUUCCUCCGUUUCUUCUCACGGUAUAUCCGGCAGCUACGGUGCCCCGAUUUCCGUCUCCUCGGGCUCCAGCUACAGCUCACCGUCCUCCAGCUACGGCUCACCGUCUUCCAGCUCUUCCCACGGAAUCUCAUCCAGCUCGUACAGCUACCCAUCUUCGUCUAGCUCAAGCUACAGCCUCCCGUCUUCUUCGAGCUCAUCCCACGGAAUAUCCUCCAGCUCUUACAGCUUCCCGUCUUCCUCGAGCUCGUCUCACGGACUUUCCUCAGACUCGUCGAGCUACAGCCUCCCCUCGUCGAGCUCGAGCUACAGCUCACCGUCAGCGAGCUACGGCCUCCCCUCGUCGUCCGGUUCCUCUCACGGAAUCUCUUCGCUCUCGUCGAGCUACGGCUCGCCCUCUUUCUCCGGUUCAUCCGGCGGUUCCGGCUCCAUAUUGAGUGCCCUUGCGUCUGCCAGCGCCUCGGGAUCCUCGUCGGGCUACAACUCCCCUGUAAUCUCGUCCUCCUCCCACGGCAGUUCCGACUCCUACAGCCCUUCGUCGUCUCACGUCGGACUCUCCAGCGGCUCCUCCGACAGCUCGAGCUACGGCCUGCCAAUUUCAUCCGGAUCUUACUCCGGCUCCGACGGUGGCUCGUCCUACUCCUCCUACUCGUCGGCACCCUCGAGCUCCUACGGAAGUCCCAGCGAUUCGCACGGGGCUUACUCGAGCUUGAGCCCAAGGUACGCGAGCCCCUCCGGAAGGUCGUACGACAGUUACAACGCCGGAAGCAACAAGUACGAUACCAUCUCGUACUCAAGUCCUGGGGGUAAAUAUUAGGGGACUGAAUAAUUGCGAAGAGGCUUGAUUAUCCGAACUUUUUUCGCUUCGAAUCCUGGAGUGAGGGGCAUUUCGAGUUCCUCAUUCUCAUUGACAAACGGUUGACAUUGUAUUAUUGACGGGACGCAGACAGAGCACGAAUACCUGGAACAAUUGAGACGAGUAUAAUUAUACAGAGUUCAUCACGUAUUUAUAAUGUGUAACAGUUUACUUUAAGACAUUUUUGUUGCCUAUUUAUGAUAUGUUGUUUGAUCAUCGUUCGAUCUUACGGUUCUGUGUAAUACGAACGAAUGAUCUCUGUUGUAUAGUUUGUUCAUAUUAUUUUUCUUUUCUUCUUAAGUUUAUUUUAUACCGCAUUGUUUUGUAAUAAAAGGAAAAUCAUCAUGAAACAAUAUGCUUUGUUCUUUACUGUCUUGUCUUUACUGUUUCAAUAAGUGUAAAGUCAAUUACUCAGCAAGUGCAAGGUAAUAAAUUGUGAAAAAACAACCAGUA